GGGCGAAGAUGGCUGGCGAGCCAGGGCCCGGAAGUGCUGCCUCCCCCGGCUGUGCCGGGGCCAUGGAGCGGGUUCUACCCAUGCUGCUGGUGCGGAUCCCUGCCGAGGAGACGGCGCAGCUGGGACCGCGGGCUCAGCUGCACCGAGAGCUAGAGGCCCUGGGGAGCCUGACGGCUGCGGGCAGUCUCCAAGUGCUUUCCUUGGCGCCGGGCAGUAGGGGUGGAAGCAGCUGCUGCCUCCAAGGCCCCUUUAGGCAGUUCCUGUGGGAGGAGUCUCAGAGCAGCACAUUAACAGACAAGCCCAAACUGGUUGUUGCUAGAGAUGAUUAUGAACUGCUGGUGUAUGAAUUUGUCUUGAGAGAUGGAAAAUGUGACACAGCCUUGUUACACAGCUGCUGUGGGAGGACACUGCAGAAGCUCACUGAAGAUCAACGUGUCAGUAUCUCCUUCAAGUCUUUGAGAAUUCUGUCAUUUCACAACGACAUGUCAUUACUGCUCAUCAACAGAUGCCUUAUCCUACGGCUCUUGUUUCCGGGGAGAGACUCUGGGAUUCAAGUGCUAGACUGCCUGUCACUGCCCUUGCCUGCACAGGCAGAGGACAGGAUCUCUGAUGUGCAGCUCUGCAGGAGAUUUCUUUUUGUUCUGAGUACACUAGGCCAGAUCUAUAUUUUUGACACUGGGGGUGGCAUGCAUGUAGCACUUGUGGACUUGGCUCUUCUCAGAGGAGAUUCUGAGCAGCAGGAGCCCGCCAGCAGUUCCUCCUUCACAUCACUGAAAGUGUCUCAGGACUUAGAUGUUUUGGUGCUUGUCAGCUCAUCCAAUACUGCAGUCGCUCUUAACCUACAUCUGUAUUUCAGGAAGUUAUUGCUGUUGCCAUUUUGAAUAACAGAAUACCAGAGGCACAGACUUUCUUCAGGAAGACUGGUCAUUCCACUCAGCGACUGGGGGAACUGGUUAGAAUAGGCCUAGAUUUGGCAUUUCACAGUUUGAAAAAGAACAAUAUGGAGGAGGCCUCCAGGCUCCUGAGGAACUUGGGCUUCACUGUGGAAGAUGAGUUGCUUAAGAUAUGCUUUUAUACAACUGAUAAAAACAUACGGGACUUUUUGGUAAGUCAAGGUGACACUCAUGUAGCUUCCAUUUUUCAUUUUGAGACAGCUUGUUAUGUAGUCCAAGCUGGCCUCCCAACUUCUGCUCCUGGUAUCUUAGCUUUCUGGAAUUACAAGCAUGCCUAGCUAUGGUUUACAUCAUUAUUAGAUGACUUUGGUGAAUUUUUUAAACUUUAAAAUGAAUAAUUUUAUAUCUAGGAAAAUCAUUAUUAAACUUGACAUUCCUUUUUUUUCUCAAAGACUUAUAUGUU